AUGCAUGAAGACUUAGAGCGACAACUCUUCGGUCUUCCCCAGCGAUACCGCGACUCCGUGCGAGCAAUUCAACCAGGCCUUCCCCUCUUUCUGUACAACUACACUACACACCAGCUUCAUGGAGUUUUCGAGGCUGCGAGCUUCGGCGGCACAAACAUUGACCCGACAGCCUGGGAAGACAAGAAGGUAAAAGGCGAGUCCCGGUUUCCUGCCCAAGUCCGCAUCAAGAUUCGCAAGUUCUGUCGAGCUCUUGACGAGGAGGAGUUUCGGCCCUUCCUCUUCCACUACGACGGGCCCAAGUUCAGACUGAUGCUCUCCGUGCCCGAGACACUUGCGCUUCUGGACUUAUUCGAGGAGAACAAUUUCCCGUAUCAAUACUACAGCCACUUCAACAGCUGGUGUCGCAAGAGCCCUCCUCUCUCCACUCCGUACCACGGCUGCAGCCGCCUAAUGGCUGGCUGA